AUGGCAACCAUUUCCGAUCCCCACCCCUUGAGCCUUGACUAUGGUGACGACUGGCCGGACGCUCCACUGCCUAUCUGGCGCCAGCUGUCGCUGACAGCUGCCAGAUUCCCAGAUAAGCUAGCUCUUGUUUGUCGGCAUCAGCCUCCGGGGCUGCAUGGCAUACAGUCGCUACCAGCGAAAGACCUGCGAUGGACUUAUGGACAGCUCUUGACAGCGGUCGAUCUCCUCUGCAUAGCCCUUCAGCGCCAUGGCAUCUCGGAAGGCAUGUCACUGGUCACCUUUCUCAGCAACGGCGCAGAGUUCCCGCUUGCCUUCUGGGCUGCCCACAAGCUGCGAUGUCCUUUCAUCCCACUUGAUCCCAAGAAUCUGAUCAACCCUGAUGAGGCAGAACACCUAGUCUCCAUUGCUCAAGUGGCAUUGGUUGUGAUGGACGAUCCGCAAGCAGCUGCAUGGUUUGACAGCCUGCAUGUUCCAUCUGAUUGCCCCAUCCUCAAGGUCAUUGCCGGGAAAACUUGCCCCAUCGGGUGGAUAAGCUUUGCUGAGCUCCUUGCAGCAUCCGAGGAAGUGACAAAGACGGCGAUGCCUAGUAGACCACAGGCAGUGUUCAAAGCCAAUACCGGAGUUACAGUCAACCCUGUCACGGUGCUUUUUACAAGCGGAACAACCUCGUUCCCGAAAGGUUGUCCACACACUGACCUAACACUAAAUGCAUUUAUGAAGAACCUUGCCCUUGGCGGAGCGUCAACAGAAGACGUCUUUUGCAGUGUUUUGCCGAACAAUCAUGCGAUGGGGUACUUCUACGUCCUCCACUUCUUCUGCAAUGGAGGUACAGUAAUAUAUCCGUCUGCGUGGUUUGACGCGGCGGAGAUGGCCCAUGCGCUGCUUGUUGAUUCCGUUUCGCAUACGUGCCUUGUCCCUACAGCUCUUCACAGCCUACUCGAACACUGUCGUCAGGACAGCGCAGCGCUGUUCCCACAGCUGAUUGAUGUGUGCUUGGCCGGGGCCUCUGUCACGCCCGACCAUAUGCGGCAAGUCAUAUAUACCCUAGGAUCUAAAGGCGUUUCAACCGGAUUUGGAAUGACAGAAGGUAGUCCAGUCUGGGCCGCGCCGGUUACAGACCCGGAGAAGCUGGUCGUAGGCGGUACAACGGUAUGCGGCCAAGCUUCACCCGGCGCCCGGAUACGCAUCUGCGACCCCGAGUCUGGCGAGGUCGUUCUUCGCGGCCUACCUGGGGAGAUUCAGCAGUCUGGCCCUGGGUUGAUCGAUGGCUACAUUGGCGGGGAUGGUGGAGACAGCUUCUUCACAGAUGUGCAUGGUCGAAGAUGGUUUCGAAGCGGCGACCAAGCCGUAAUGCAUCUCAAUGGUACAGUCUCUAUCGUUGGAAGGUACAAAGACAUGAUCAUCCGCGGCGGUGAGAACAUCGCGCCAGCAGCGAUAGAGCGGGUGCUGAAUCAAACAGAGGGCAUAGAGGCGCAAGUUGUGGCCAUCGAUGAUGAAAUCGCCGGCGAACUGCCCGUCGCAAUCGUGCGGAGCUUGCCAGGCCCUGAUGCGAAGCAAUCACUACAAGACGCAGUCAGGACCACAAUGGGACCACUUUAUGUCCCGGAUAUGGUCUUGACGCUGCAGGACCUGGGGCUUCACGAGCUCCCACGAACAAUGUCCGGGAAAGUACAGAAAUCAAUGCUCAGGUCCGCCGUCGCAGCGUACAAGGCGUACCGAGGCGUGCCGCUUGACCGCAUUCAUUCAAUCAUGUUGAAAGACGCGCCCAGUGGACCACAUUUGGUCCAGGAGAGCGUGCUGAAGAUCUGGCGAACAACCGGCAUCGCACCAGCUGCAUUAAACGUGCAACUGCCCUUAACCAAUUUUGCGGAUUCCAUUACGAUUAUGCGAGUCCGAGAUAUGUACCGUAAGCGCUUCGGUCAGACUUUGUCUGUCCAGGAGAUGAUGCAGCACACAACCCUGCAAGCGCAGAUCCAGGCUUUGUCUGCAAAGCUGUCCGGUGCCGCACUGACGGAGGAGGCCACACCCAUGAUCUGGGAAGGGCCACCAAGCCUAGAAGAAAUGCAGAUCAUUGUAGGACCUGAGAACUCCGCCGCGCGUAUGAAAGACGUUGCGACUGCAGAACUUGCUUCGACGGGCCUUGACUGGAACCGCGAUGUAAGAACAAUCAUUCAGACUAGCGACUUUACCAACGUUAUGCUCGGAAGUGGGCUGAUGGAUACCUGGAACUUCGCGAUUGCCAUUACCACUGAAGGCUGCAGUGUUGAGGCGCUAAAACGGGCGUUGACCACCGUUCUCAAGAACAAUCCGUUAUGGUUGUCAUGCUACACUUUGGGCGAUGCGGACAAAGCUCCCUUCUAUGUUGCGCUCAAGCCAACCACACAGCUCUUUGACCAGUCUCUCAUCAACAAGGGAAAGCUGUCAAACCUGCUGGAGCUGCAGCAGACUGCAAUCACGUACCCACAUCGGGAGCAUUCGACCGCUCCUGGGCCCUUGUUCCACGCUUUGCUCUACUACAUUGAGGAGUCACAGUCUGCCGCUUUCGUCAUGUAUUUACACCAUAUCCUUCACGAUGCUUCAAACAUGCGGCUAGUACUCGAGGACCUCAAUCAAGCGCUCCGGAACCCCAAUCAGCCCUUACGUCCUCACGUAUCGUUCGAAGUCUGGGCGGACAUGUACACUGCACUUCGCUGCUCGCCCCGAGCGUCUCUUGACGUUGACUGGCACGUCAAGCGCUUGUCACAAAUCCACCUGCACCGAAAAGCGCUGUAUCCUGCAGCUCGCAUUGCUCGUCAAUAUAUCACAGAGAGUCCUGACGGUCUCGAGUACGGGUUCGAUGCACCUGCUCUACUUCAGCUGAAGCAGCGACACCCUCACAUCACAGCGUCGGUGGUUCUGAAAGCCGCAAUGGCGCUGGUUAACAUUACCCGCACGAACCAUACGCACGCUCUCUUCAGCAACUUUGAGGCCGCUCGUUCUUCCUUUCCUUUCUGGCCUGGCACACUUCGUAACCUGGCCGGAGGGCACAGCGGUAGCGCCCCCAUUGGCGAACUAGACGCCUCGGACGUUGCAGGUCCAACAAUGAGCGCAGUCACCAAUCUAAUUGAGAUCCGUCGUGAAGAGCAUACCAUUAACUUUCUGAACCGGCUUCAGGCUGAACAGGCUGAGUUGACUAAGCGAGCACAUGCCCCUUGGCUUCGUAUCAUCGAGAAGCUCAACGCUCUGCACCCAGGCAAGGCCGCUGGAGAGAUGUUGCAUCAAACGCACGGUACGCAAUUCCUUUCGUGGGUGCCGGGGUUCCUCGGUGACUAUGACAAUGUCAAGGUAGCACAGCUUGCGAUCCGAUGCGCGAUUGGUGUCUUACUUGUCGCUGGUCUUGGAGGACCACAGGCCACAACGUAUAUGAUCGUACUCCGAUGGGACGUUGCAAACUACUCACGAGCGCAGACACAGGCUUUCGUAGAAGAUGUCGAGAAGGCUGUUCAUUGGUUGUUGAACAAGACCAACUGGGACAUGCCGGUGAACGAGUUCUUGUCUUUGUACCAAGCCUGUAAGUAG